AUGCUGAGCCUAAUCCGGGUCUUUGCCCUGCUGCGAGUUUUCCUGGGCUGGCUCGACGUGGUUCAUUGCUGGGUGAAGCUCGAAGAAUGGGUCCACUACCACGAUGGCGGAAUCCCCGGCCGUCGACGCAUCCUCCACGGCACCGCAGCGCAAAAGACCUUUGAUGCCGUGCCCAAAAUCGACUUUACACGCAUCUACUCUGCCAACCUCGACGAUCGGAAAGAGCUGGCAAGGGAAGUCGGGGCAGCGUGUCGAGACGUUGGCUUCUUCUACGCCGUGAACCAUGGUGUGGAGCAACGGGUCCUAGACGAUACGUUUGUGGCGCUGGAAAGGUACUUUGCUCUGCCUACAGAUGUCAAGAUGGAGACGCAUAAUCAGAAGACGGAGAGGUUUAGAGGGUAUGAGGCUUUUUUGGAAGGCAGGCUGGAUCCGAACACACGUGGAGACCUAAAAGAAGGCUUCCUCAUGGGCGAAGACUUCACCGACCGAGAACAACUCCCCCUCCUCCCCUCCCCACCACCAACCCCCCUCCUCAAGAAACGCAACCAAUGGCCCACCCACCCUUCAGCCCUCUUCCUCCGCCCAACCCUCUACACCUACUACACCGCCCUCUUCACCUUCAGCAAGCGCCUCCUCCCCAUCUUCGCCCUCGCCCUCGACCUCCCCGAAUCCCACUUCGACAGCAUAACCACCCACCCCAUGACCAACGUGCGCGCGGUACACUACCCGCCGCAGCCGCCCGACGCCACCGCCGACGUCGGCAUCGGCGCGCAUACGGAUUUCUGCUGGUUUACCCUCGUAUGCCAGUCGUGUACUGCGGAGCCGGCGUUGCAGGUGCUGAAUGCAAAUGGGGCGUGGGUGCCGGUGCGGGCGGAGCCGGCUUCGUUUGUCGUCAAUGUUGGGGAUUUCUUGAAGUUGGUUACGGGGGGUAGGUGGCAGAGUACGGUGCAUAGGGUGCGGAAUGUGGGAGGUGAGGAGAGGUAUAGUUUGCCCUUCUUCUUUAGCCCGGAUGAGGAUGCGAGGGUGUCGGUGUUGCCGGGGAUGAGGGAGGAAGGGGUCGGGUAUGAGGAGUUUGGGGUUGGCGAGUAUUUUCAGCGGAGAUUGGAUAUUGAUCGGAGGACGCAUUUGCAUGGGGACGAGGACAAGGUGUAG